CACAAGGGACAUUGACAAUGCAAGACGCCGCGCCGGGCAAUGCCAAUCGCUAUGGCAAUGCCACUUCAGGCAGCGCGUUCUACUCCGCCGCCACCGGCGUGUACGCCAGCAUCCACCCUCCGGUGCCCCUCCCCGCCAACCCCUCCCUCUCCCUCAUCCCCCACCUCUUCGCCCGCCUCCCCGGCACCCGCCCCCACGCCCCGGCCUUCCUCGACGCCGCCGCCUCCGAAUCCCUCUCCCGCGCUGACCUCCGCCGCCUCGUCUCUUCCCUCGCCGCGGGCCUCCGCCUCUGCCUCCGCCUCCACGUGGGAGACGUCGUGCUCCUCGUCCUCCCCAACUCCGUCGCCUUCCCCGUCGCGUUCCUCGCCGUCCUCUCCGCCGGCGGCGUCGCCACCACCAUGAACCCGUCCAGCGCCCCCGCCGAGAUCGCCGAGCGGGUGCGGGACACCAGCCCCGCCCUCGUGCUCGCCGCGCCCGACAACGCCGGAAAGCUCCCGCCUUUGCGCGGCCCCGUCGUCCUCGUGCCCGAAAGCUUCCAUCUUGCCGACGACGGCGCCCCCGAGUUCGCGCCCUUCCGCGCGCUGUUGCUGGAUUCCGACUCGGCGGCGGCCCCCGCGGUGGGCCAGGAUGACGCGGCCGCCAUCCUCUACUCGUCGGGAACGGGCGGGCGGAGCAAGGGCGUGGUGCUCACGCACCGUAACCUCAUCGCCACGGUGGAGCUCUUCGUGCGCUUCGAGGCCUCGCAGUACGCGACACCUGCUUGUGACAAUGUCUACCUGGCCGCGCUGCCCAUGUUCCACGUCUACGGCCUCUCGCUCUUAGCCGUGGGCCUUCUCUCGCUCGGCUCCACGGUGGUGGUCAUGAAGAGGUUCGACGCGGGCGAGGCCGUGACGGCCAUCGACAAGUACAAGGUCACGCAUUUCCCGCUCGUGCCGCCCAUCAUGGCGGCGCUGGUGGCGACGGCCAAGGCCCCGGCACUGGCAUUGGAUUCCUUAGUGCAGGUGUCGACUGGUGCAGCGCCGUCCAGCGGCAGGCUGAUCAACGACUUCCUCAAGGCCUUCCCCCACGUCGAUUUCAUUCAGGGAUAUGGCAUGACAGAAUCUGCUGCCGUAGGAACUCGCGGCUUCAAUACUUCAAAGCAAAAGAAGUAUUCCUCGGUAGGACUUUUGGCCCCAAACAUGCAUGCCAGAAUCGUUGAUCUGGAAACUGGUUGCUAUUUGCCUCCAGGCUCUUGUGGGGAUCUGUGGCUCCAUGGGCCAGCUAUAAUGAAAGGUUACUUGAAUGAUGAGGAUGCAUGUACAGUAAAUGACGGCUGGCUGCGAACUGGUGACAUUGCUUACUUUGAUUCAGAUGGGUACUUGUACAUAGUGGGCCGCUUGAAGGACACGAUCAAAUACAAAGGAUUUCAGAUAGCUCCAGCUGACUUAGAAGCAGUUUUGAUCGAGCACCCUGAAAUCCUUGAUGUUGCUGUGACAUCUGCUGAAGAUGAAGAAGCUGGAGAGAUACCGGUGGCUUUUGUGGUGAGGAAAUCUGGAAGCACCCUUUCCUGUACGCAAGUGAUGGAGUAUGCGGCCAAGCAGGUGUCCCCGUAUAAGAAGGUGAGGAAGGUGGUGUUGGUGGAGUCAAUACCCAAGUCGGCUGCUGGAAAAGUUAAUAGGAGGCUCCUCAAGGACUCUCUGAGAGGCGUUUCUCCAAAAUGUUCCAAUUCCAGUUGCCAUUCGAGACUGUAACCACAGGCAGGCAGGAUGAGUCAAGUUAUGGCAGCUAGCGUUUUCAGCUUUGUUUAGCUGCUGCGGCAUGAGUUGUUCUGGAUCGUCAGGGAGGGGAGGGGAGGGGAGGGGAGGGGUCUCCAUAGCUGAAUUAGUUAGACUAAAUCUCCAGGCAGGGGAUGAUUCUUGUUGUACUGUGAGAUGGUUGGAUCAAUGAGCCAUUUGUAGAGAAGAAGAUGACGGACGGCAAAUGUCAGGCAGCGACGGACUGACUUAAUGCUGCCUGUGCGCGUUGUUGCUGAAUGGAUCAUUUACCGAGUAAAAUAGUAGAUGGAUGACUCCAUCUCUGCCUCUGCUAGAGAGAGAGAGAGAGAGAGAGAGAAUAUGCGGUCGUAGUGGGGAAUGUGCCAUUGCAGGCUUUGGUUGGAACGCAAAGCCGGACUGGUUCUCAGACUGACUGAAAGCCGGGCAGGGCAGAGCAGGUGUUUGUUGGUCGUUGGUGGUGAUAGGUAAGAUGGCGCCCGAAUUAAGCAUACCAUCAGUCAAGUCACUGAUCAUCUAGGGUAGUGUGUGUGGAUGAUGAAUCCCAUCUGCUGUAGCUGCAGGCAGCUCAACUAAACACAACCAGAUUUGACUAAUUUUUAGCAGUAACUAGGAGUAGUAGUCCUUAGUUGGGUUGUUCAUUUUCAUGUAAUCAAGUUUGCUUAUUUCAGGGCUCUUGAUCUCUUGGGUCGUUGUGUUUGUUUUGUAUUUUCAAUUCUUUUCUUUUGUUU